CACAACACUUCUCGGAUGAGUUUCUUCUCAGUUUUCUCCCUCUCUUUCUUUCUCACUACGAAUCUCUAAUUCAUAUUCCUCAAAAAUGCUAACAUCAUCUUUCUAAAGAAUUGUUCUUUCUCUGUUCUGGGUUAAAAACAUGGUCGACGUUGACCGAAGAACAACUACCGGUUUAACUCACGCAGCCGGUCUACGUCGUCUCUCAGCCCGCGCCGCCGCUUCAUCUACUCCGACGAUCAGAAACAGCCUUCAAUCUUUCUCCCCCUUCGCCGAUAAAGUAACAAACUCAGGUAUCAAUAUCCAACCGGGUCUCUCCGACACCGAGUUUGCCCGAGUCGAAGCAGAGUUUGGUUUCACCUUCCCACCGGACCUCCGUGUUAUCCUCUCUUCCGGUCUCACCGUCGGAACAGGAUUCCCCGAUUGGCGUUCUCCCGGAGCUCGUCUCCACCUCCGCGCCAUGAUCGACCUUCCAGUCGCCGCCGUAUCGUUACAAAUCGAAAAAAACAGUCUCUGGUGCAAAUCUUGGGGCUUUAAACCACCCGACGACCCGGAAAAGGCUUUACGGGUCGCGAGAAACGCCUUAAAGAGAGCUCCUUUAUUGAUUCCCAUCUUCGAUCAUUGCUACAUUCCUUGUAACCCGUCUUUACCGGGUAACCCUGUUUUCUUCGUCGACGAGACUCGGAUCUUUUGCUGCGGGUCGGAUCUGUCCGAGUUUUUCCAGCGUGAGUCUGCUUUUCGAAGACUCACCAAGCAACGUUCGAUGAACGAGACAUCAUCGGCUGGAUCAUCAUCCUCGACUUUUUCACGGAGAAGCUUAGAUUCGAGUCGGGCUAACGGGUCGGGUACGUCGAGAUGGGUGGAGUUUUGGAGUGACGCGGCGGUUGAUAGUUGCCGGAGAAACUCGUCAUCAGCGUCUUCUUCUUCCUCAUCUCCGGACCUUCCCAAAGCAGAGACUCCGAGAUGGGUAAACCAAUACGUUAACCGGAUCGGUUCGGUUUUGAGAAGAGGCGGGUGGAGUGAAACCGAUAUCGAUGAGAUUAUCCACGUGUCAGCAUCGGGUUUCUUUGAAGGUGAAAUGGUAAUUGUUGAUAACCAAACGGUUCUUGAUGUGCUUUUGUUGAAAGCGGUUCGGAUCUCGGAGUCGCUACGUAAGUCUGGGUGGAGCUCCGAGGAAGUCUCGGAGGGAGAAAGAGCGGGAACCGGCUAAGAAACUAUCGCCUGUGCUUGUUGAACGAUUCGAUUAACUUGCUGAAUGGGUUUCCCGGUCAUGAAUACACAUAUUAUUUGUACAUUGGAGUUAUAGUGAUGAUAUUAUUUAUAAAUAAAAUAUGAAAAUUGUAUUAAUUAACUACUGAUCAAA